CUCAUUUCGCGCCAAACUUACGGAAAUAUAGAGUGGGUUUGUCUACUUGUGCUCUUUUUGCUGGCGGUGAGAACCAUAUCUUACGGAAAAGGGGUCAAAACAAAACUUCAGUGAGCUUAAAUUGUAGUUUGGUUUUAUUUGUCGUUGUUAGCGUAUUUCCCAUAAAGGUGAGCAUAACUAAAGACAGUGGAAUCGCCAGUAACUUGAAAUAAGCCGUGUUAAAAGCUUGCCGUGCGUUCGUCGUGGAAACGUAUCGUGAAAAUGGGAUAUCUUCAGCGGCUGGAGUUGGAGAAUUUCAAGUCUUACAAGGGAAAACAUACUAUUGGACCGUUCAAGCGUUUUACAGCUAUCAUCGGACCUAAUGGAUGCGGGAAGUCAAAUUUGAUGGAUGCUAUCAGUUUUGUCUUUGGAGAACGUACCCAAAGUCUGCGAGUUAGGACUGUUAAGGAUCUUAUCCAUGGAGCUCCUAUUGGCAAGCCUGUAGCAAGUACAGGCAUGGUCACUGCAGUUUAUGCUGAGGAAGAUGGAACAGAAAUCAACUUUACGAGGAAGAUUGUUGGUAGUGGCACUGAGUACAGAAUCGAUAGCAAGAUUGUAUCUCCACAACAGUACACUUCUAAAUUGGAAAGUCUGGGUAUUUUGGUGAAAGCCAAGAACUUUCUUGUGUUUCAGGGCACUGUUGAAUCAAUUGCCAUGAAGACUCCAAAGGAGAGAACACAAAUGUUUGAAAAAAUAAGCAGAUCUGGAGAACUUGCAGAUGACUAUGAGAAAAAGAAGGUAGAAAUGCAGAAGGCAGAAGAGGAGACCAGUUUUAACUAUCAUAAAAAGAAGGGAAUUGCAGCAGAGAAAAGAGAGGCAAAAGCAGAGAAAGAGGAGGCUGAUAAAUACCACAAGCUGAACCAAGAACUGGAAGAUUGUCAGUUGGAGAUACAAUUGUUCAAGUUGUACCACAAUGAGCAAAGCAUUAACCACCUGACUAAUGAACUGAAAGCAAAAUCUCGAGAUCUGGACAAACUUGAGAAGAAGAAGAGUGAAAUUGACCAGCAGCUCAAGAGUAAGAAACAGGAGAAUGCAAAAUUCUCUAGGGAGAUGGCAUCUGUAGAAAAGAAAAUAACUACAAAGGAGGCUGAACUAAACAAGAACAGACCACAGUAUAUUAAAGCCAAAGAGAAAACAUCUCAUGUCUUGAAGCGGAUUGAAACGUCCAAGAAAGCUUAUGACAAGGCCAAGAAUGUACAUAAAAAACAUCAAGCUGAGAUUAAAGAGCUUGAAUAUGAGCUGGAGGAAGUACGCAGUGCAGCUGAAAAAUAUGAGGAGGAAAUUUUGGGAGCAAGUCAAGAUGAAAAUGUAGAACUUAUGGACUCGCAGCUUGAACAGUAUAAUGCACUGAAAGAACAAGCAGGAAGGGAGACUGCAGCCCUCAAGCUACAGCUAGACAAGAUUGUUCGGGCACAAAGUUCCGAACAGGAAUCUCUUGAUCAGUUAAAGCAGAAGAAAUCAGAUCUCAUGGCUCAGCAGAAACACAAGACAGAUCAGAGGACACAGUUGAUGGAGAGAAUUGAAAAACUUGAUGAGUAUAUCAGCACCAAUAUACAGACUGUGGAGAAGCUAAGGCAAGAUCAUGACAGAAUGGAGGGGGAGAUCAAUGAUGCCAAUUCUCGUUACAUGGAAUUGAGUCAGCAACUGGAUAGUGUGCAGGAAGAAUUGAAUGAAGCCAAGAUGGAUAAACAUGAGAGUGCUCGACAUCAGAAGAAGCAGGAACUGCUGGAGAGUAUGAAGAGGCUCUUUCCAGGGGUUUAUGGCCGACUCAUAGAUCUCUGUCAACCAGUGCACAAAAAGUAUACCUUUGCAAUUACCAAAGUUCUUGGGAGAAACAUGGAUGCAAUUGUUGUGGAUACAGAAAAAACUGGAAAAGAUUGCAUUCAAUAUUUAAGAGAGCAGCGAGCAGAUCCCGAGAUGUUUCUUCCACUAGAUAGUAUUCAGGUCAAGCCUGUCAAUGAAAAGUUGAGGCAGAUUGGUGGCACUGCAAAACUAGUCAUUGAUGUGAUUAAAUAUGAACCAGCAGUUAUUAAGAAAGCCCUGCAAUUUGCCUGUGCAAAUGCCCUUGUCUGUGAUGGAAUGGAGGAAGCCCGUAGGUUGGCUUUUGGUGGAGCAGAGAGAAAGAAGACAGUUUCAUUAGAUGGAACUCUGUUUGAAAAGUCUGGUGUCAUUUCUGGUGGAGUGAGUGAGGUAAAGGCCAAAGCCAGACGAUGGGAUGAAAAACAAGUUGAUGGACUGAAACGUAAACGUGACAGUUUCUUGGUGGAAUUAAAAGAUCUUAGCAAACAUCGUAGAAAAGAACCAGAACUUCAAAACUUGAAGUCACAGAUUGAUGGACUUGAACAUCGAUUGAGAUACUCUACAAAGGACAAAGAAACUACAGAGAAACAAACUUUGGGUGAGAUUUCCAAGGAAUUGAAGGUCAUCAAAAAAGAACUGGAUACCCUUCAGCCAAAAAGAGAGAAGUUGCUGCUCUCUAUGGCUGCAAGAAGUGAAGAGAUUACCAAUACAGAAAAAAGAAUGAACAGGGUGGAGGACCAGGUUUUCAGAGGAUUCUGUGAGCAAAUCAAUGUGGAAAACAUUAGGCAAUAUGAAGAAAAGCAACUUAAAGCUCAGCAAGAACGAGCUCAACGGCGUCUGGAGUUUUCAAAUCAAGAGUCUCGCUUGAUGAAUCAGUUGGAGUAUGAAAGAGGUAGAGACACGAAAGGUCAGUUGAAAAAACUUGAGGAAAGCAUGGCAACUGAUGAAGAAGAAAUUGAAAAACUCAGAGGAGAGGAGAAAGAGAAACUGAAGAUAAUAGAGAGAGAAACAUCUAUAUUGGAAAAGCUGCGUUUGGAGAAAUCAGCAGUGAAGUCACAGAUUGAUGAAAAGGAUCUGGAAAUAAAAGAAGUAAAGAAAGGCUUGAUGCAUCACAUGAAAGAAGUCACAUCUCUUCAGAAACAAAUGACUGCAAUGGAGACUCAACUGGAGCAAAAGAGGGCAGAUCGUCACAGCCUCUUAAAGUCUUGCAAGAUGGAAGACAUCUUUCUUCCCUUUAAGAAGGGAGGAAUGAAUGAUAUUGAUCUGGGAGAACCCUCAGCUAGUCAGCCCGAGACAUCAAGUCAGGAGUCAUCGUCUACGGAAGUUAAUAGCGCAAGCACACAGGGAGCCAAGAUAACUUAUGAAAGGGAAGCUAAUCUAGUGAUUGACUAUUCUUCGCUCAGUCGAAAUUUAAAGCAGCUUGACGACCCUGCUGAAAUUCGCAACAUGAUGAAUGAACUGACUAACAAGGUGAAUAAGCUGCAGACCACUUUGCAGAGGAUACAGGCUCCGAACAUGAAGGCCCUUGAAAAACUGGACGGAGUGAGUAGCCGGUUUCAAGAAACAAGUGCUGAAUUUGAGCAAGCACGAAAUAAAGCGAGAAAGGCGAAAAUUGAGUUCGAGACUGUCAAGAAGAGUAGGUAUGAUCGCUUCAUGGAUGCAUUUGAACAUGUUUCACAAAGGAUAGAUGACAUAUAUAAGGAACUGGCCAAUAAUCCCAGUGCACAAGCGUUCCUUGGACCUGAAGAUGCUGAGGAGCCUUAUCUUGGAGGAAUCAAUUACAACUGUGUAGCUCCCGGAAAAAGGUUUCGGCCGAUGGACAACUUGUCAGGCGGUGAAAAGACUGUCGCUGCUCUUGCUCUCCUCUUCAGUAUUCACAGCUACCAGCCUGCACCAUUCUUUGUUCUGGAUGAAAUAGACGCAGCCCUCGACAACACCAACAUCAACAAGGUUGCAAGGUACAUUAUCAAUGAAACCAAAGAGCACUUUCAGUGUAUCGUUAUUUCCCUGAAGGAAGAGUUUUAUACAAGAGCAGAAGCUCUCAUUGGAAUUACUGCUGAGCCUGACAAGGACUGUACUGUGAGUCAAGUGUUUACAUUGGACCUGACUCAGUACCCCGAGUAGCUGAAACUACAUACUGUGUAAACCCGUCCUCCACUUUGGACUUACACUUUGAACCUUUGAAGCGAUACUUAUAUGAAGAGAAAUUAGACUUGUGCAAAGAUGUGUCCCGCUCCUUUAUGGCUUAUGAAUAAAUUAAAAAUAACAGCAAGGCACAUUUAUAGAAAUUAGCAUCCAAUGUGAGGGAAUAAAUUCGCAAAGGUGACAUGAAAGCAUUCAUGUUGCGUUAUUUUCGUUAAUUUUCUUGCUAACAUGUAAAAGUUGCCUAAUGUUGUAAAGUUAUGGUGUGUCUGCUGACGAUUCCAAGGUUUGUUUUAAAAUACGGAUUAUCUCAAUAUCCUUUUCUUUUCUGUUAUCCUCUCCCCCUCUGAAGGCGGAUUGUGUCACUUCCUCUGCAUUAGUUUCUCCUAUUUAUUACCACCUGGCGGCCGGAGGCGGCUGGCUACUCCCAAAACGUUAAUUUUUAACUUUCCUAUAGAACCCCAAAAGUAACGGCCCACCCGAAAGUAAGUAGAUUACCACUCCACCACAAAAAAACCGUGUUAUGUUUGAUAUCACGGUUCAGCAGGGUUGUCACAGGUCAGGAAAUGGUCAGGGGGAAAAAAUUCUUCAAGAUCAUUGAAAAGUCAGGGAAAAUUGAUAUUUGAAGAAAAGUCAGGGAAAAUUGAAAUGAUUUAACACGGCUGAUUUAAUAUCCUUGAACGCUGAAAGAAACAGUUGGGGCCACUGUGAUCUCAACGAUAUUUGUCGAAAACAUGUCAGCUUCAAUGAGCGAGUGGAAAGGAAGGCUGUAAGAGGAGGCGAGAAGUUUGUUACUGAAACUGACAUUUUGUAUUUAUUUGGUCAGGGAUAUUUUAUUUUUAUCGGGAAAAGUCAGGGAAUUUUGAAAAGCGAUGUCUGUAGCAACCAUUUUUCAAACAGUAUUAGUUACAUCGCGAUAUAAUGCGACCAUUACUUUCGUCCUGCAGUGUGAACAUUUGGGGCCUUUUUAUCCUUUCACAGUAUGCUUUGUCUAUGUGGGUAAUUAGUAACAAAUGCAACCUCUAUCCUAGUCUUUCUGAACGGAAACAGUACACUGUAAUUAAUGGCGUACCCUCUGAGAAUACCAAAGUUGCACACGGCAUACCACAGGGCUCCGUACUGGGGCCAAUACUCCUCGCCUUAAACACAAGCGAUCUACCGAAAGCGGUCAACACUGCAACGACGUUCCUGUACUGCGUUGGAGAAUUUGUGGACCAGGUCGCAGCAUUGCUGGACAAAACAUAUCAGAGCUCAAGAGAGGGUUCGUUAACAAGCUAAAUCUGAUCAAACGAGUCGCUUUUUACCUAGAAAUUCGCUUGUAGAUCUAUAUUUUAAAGUUGUUUUACCCUCGUUUACAUAUCCGCUACCAAUUUGAGGGUGUUGUACAAAUAAGAACGAAUUUAACGCUUUGGAAUCCAUACAUUGUAGGGCUGCUAGAGUUAUAUAUACCCUCCCGUGCGACAUCUCCUCUGAAAAGAAGAAAAAUGGCUAAGUGGGACUCCUUAUUCGACACUUAUAACGUCAAAAUAGCCACCUUAAUUUAUAACAUUUAUAAUCACACAACUCCAUCUUGCUGGGAACAUUUAAUCCAAAGGAAAGAGUCCAAGUGUGACCUCUGUCAUCAACAUCGUGUUAGCGUGCAACGUUUUAAAACUUAUUAUAUGAAAAACUCUGUAUCAUACAGAGGAUCCAUUGCUUGGAAUCUUUAAGAACCAUCCGCUGUCAGGGCCAGAGAUUAUGAUAAAAGGGCAAAAAAAGUCUCCCGCCCUCAGAAGCUUGAAUUUUAGUGAAGAGUCACCGCAGAUAGGUCCCCACACUGACUGUGAUGUCGUCUUUUAUUGAUUUUAUUAUUUCUUUUUAACAUUUUUCAAUUUGUUAUUAUCCCAUUAACAUUUUUUUUUACACGGCCCCAUGAUGUACCAGUCAAAUCGAAGCUUCAAUAUCCAUACCCCGGUCAUUUGACGCCUUUCC